AUGAGCCAUUUAGAAUAGGUUUAUGCUCGACAAGGUCAUCGAAUUUCUCACCUAUUCAUUUAUUCGCGUGGUGUAGCAUAAAGGACAAAGGGCUUAUGUAACAUAGCACCCGGAAUGCAAACGAGUCGAGGAAUACCGUGAUUAGAAGUACGAUUAGUGUAACGAUCUUUAUCUCGUGACAACGAUUAAAAGCUUCGCAAGUUCGAUUCGUACGUGAGAACCUUGAUGUUUAUUAACAGAUUAUAUCGCAAAAAGAAAGUUCUCUUUUUCUCUUUCUCUUUCUCUUUCUUUUUCUAAUUAUCUCUCAUAAAUUUAUUCAAUCUUAAGAUCACCGAUAAAACAAAGGCUACAAAAUUACUUGGCGCAAAAUGCAUGUCAUAAUAUAAUAGAAGUUCAUUGACGUUAAUCUUUUCGUGCACUAAUAUCUUUGUUAAAUCGUUUUUUCGCAUUACGAUAAGAAAAACGAUGACAUUAGAAAGGGGAUAUCUUUCGUUUUUUAUUUUUUGUCAUGCAAUAUACUAUCGUGCGAAAAAUAGACGGCCUAGAUAAUAAGGAUGACAAGUGAGGUCGCGAGCAAUCGUCCUCGUAUUAAUUAGAAAGGAUAGAAUAAACAAGAAAUAGAAAAAGAAAAAGAGAUAGAAAAUGUAUUUGGAGCGAAUCGAAAAUGAUUGAGGUAUAUAACAAUUAAAGUUGUUCACGUCAUAUUUACGUCUAUAUACGGAUACGUGAUUAUGUAGGUACAUAAUUAUUUUUGUAGAGGAUACUCGCGGUCAAUGAGGUAAUUCUAUAUUGUCGUACUGUCUCUUGUUUUGAAACAGAAUUUAAUUAGAACAUAUGUUAAAACGUCAAGGUACCUUUCAAAGCAAGGAUCAAAUUUAAGUGUAAUCGAAUCUCUUAAUUUAAUUUUGAAUUUCAUCCUUUUCAAAGGUAAAUUUCAAAGGUAAAUGAAAAAUGAAAGGAUUCGGAUCCUUUGAUCAAUCGAUCUUUUUUUAGCUUCUCAGUUCAUUGACUUCCAUUAAUCUGUAUUUGAACAAAAGUAAUGCAAUUUGUGUUGGAGACUUAUUCCAGUCGCGUCAAUUUUAAAAUUGCCAAGAAAAUACAAUGAAUUUGAUCUCAAUUGUUUGAAGAAAAUCGAACAGAAGGAUUGUCAUUUGUGUACGUAUGUGUGUGUGAAAGGAGGAGUGAGAGAGAUAGGAGACAUGCGCUCUACGUGCGUUUCCCUUUCUUGUUGCAACGGCUCUCCGUAGGGUAGCAGCCAGUUUUCAUCCCUCAGUUCAACGCCGCGUGCGAGCGUGACACGAUGAGAGACUACGGUUCAUUUCUUCACGCUUUUUUCUAACUAAAAUUACUAACUCUCAGUGUCACGUUUUUCUCGCUUUCCCCCUUUCCGUGCUCUUUUCCAAUCACCGAACUUGUAAAAAGGAAAAAGAGACACAAUGACAUUCGAUCUAAUUUAUGACUUCUAUUCGUAGUUUUACGAUAAGAUUUAAAAUAAUCUUCUGUUUCUUCAUCCUCUCUUCCUACAUAUUUCUAUCGUUUUAAUUGUACUUAUCUUGCUUCUUGAAAAAAAAAAAAAAAAUCGAGCAAAGUACCAAAAUCGUAAUCGGCGCAAAGAAAGAGACAAGAGAAUGGAAGAUAGAAUUGGUAUCGAUGAAUCUCCAUUGAAAUUGCGAGCGUGAAAGUGACUGGUUUUUUUUUUUUUGAACGCUCCUUAUCCCUAUCUAUCCAACUUCUCUUUUUCUCUCACUUAUCUAUGUCUUUUAAGGCGACGAAGAUCGCAGAAAAUCGAUGAACUAUGCGUUCGGUCGAUCGACCGACUCUCGAUAAGAAAAUUCGAUUCUCGUAAAUAACGUACGUUCCACGGAGAUUUUUUUUUCUUCAUAUCGAUUAAACACCACGAAGAAGGCCUCCUCUGUCUUCCAGGGUGACACGAAGGGAAUCAGUCAUGUCGAUGUCGUUGUCACUUGCGAGAUCGAGAAAGACAGGCACGUUUUUGCGAUCGUCCAAGUGGAAGGUGCAGUGCCUUGUGGCGUUGGAAUUUCGUUCGAAGGGAUAAGAGGAGGAAAGGGUAGAAGGAAAAGAAAAACUAGCUAAACUCUUUCACGUUUGCGUCCGACGACGACGAAGAAGAAGAAUACAAAUCACAAAGAGGAUUUGCAAAGAUAUAUUGCUCUUGUCAAAAAUUACUAGUGCCAAUUGUGGUGAUAGUGGUCACACCAUGACGUGAUUUAUCACGAGAAAGGAUCCUCGGAAUAAAGGGGAAAAAGAAGGAGAAAGUUCCUAAUGAUCGAAAAGAAGAAGGGAUCGGUCUAACGAUGAGUGUCAGUAAAUUUCGUUACGCUCUUGUUCUGCUCGCGUUUACGCACGAAUUUUUGUUAAUAACCAGCAAGAGGGAAUCAACGGAGAUCGAGAUGUCCAAGGAGUAUUUGCAUCAUCAACAGAGUCAUCGGCAACGAACCUUCGCCAUGGAUCGACUGAUGGAUAAGAGCUCGCGAGAAGAGGAUUCAACAAAUGCGAAGAAUUACGUGGUUUUCGUCGAAACACCGACCAAUGGGAAGGCACGAGGUGUAACCUCGGAAUUGGCCAGUAAGGAAAUUGAGAAAGAAUUGGAGACGAAUAUCGAGAAACCGCAAACGACUCAGAUCAGACAUGGCAGAUCUCGCAGUCAUUUCGUUAGACAAAUCAAACUCGAAGAUCUGGAGUCGUUGCGCGUUAGGACGAAAAGAAUACACCUUUCUUCGAAUUUUACCGAUACGGAGAACGAGAAGGUGCUUGAAGAUUCGAAUUAUUCGAGGAGAUACGAGUCAAGGGAAGGAAGGGAAGGUAAAGGGGAUGAUACGACAAAGAAGGAUCGAUGGUCUUACGGUACCCCAGAGACGUGGACCGAGUCAACGAGACAGCUGAACGAGCUAAUUCGUAAAGUCUUUCGACAGCACGCUGACGUAGCUCGUGUGGAGCAUCGCGAGAAAGAAGAUAUCUUGGUGAACAAGUUUAAAAAAAUUUCUCGAUCGGAUAAGCAUCGAAUCGAGGAUCCGUUCGAUUCGACGGAGAAUUCGAUCAUCGCUUACGGCCGUGUUCUACACUCUUCUACGAUCGAUGAAGACUCCUCGAAGAUAGAUCCUAGCGAAAACGAUUUCGACGGUGUGUCUAUCGAGGAUUUCGAUAAGUUCGUUAUUCGUCAAGUCGUUGAAAACAGUUCGAUAAGUAGAAUCAAUGAUUACGAGGAUAUAGAGGAGAGUACAACUUCAGACAUUGAGAUAGAUAAUCUUUCCACGAAACGACAUCUCGAGAAGGAAUCCGUCCAAGUCGACAUUGUCACGAGGUUUCUUCGUAUAAUCGAGAAUCAACAUUUACUUGGGGAAAACUGUACCGCCGGUACUGAUCUCAAUCUCGGCGAAGGUGUCGUCGACCGUUACGCUCAAGAAAGGUUUCGGCUCGAGGCAAAUCUCGCGGUAAAUCGGGCCAACAUGCUCACCAGGUUAUGGAAAUAUGCACCUGAGGUGAUGCUUUCCUCGGAAUAUCUUCUACAUGCAAGCGUGCUUUCAAUGGUCGAGUUCGAUGAAGAUAUCUUUGCCGCCGGUAACUGCUACGACAAGCUUCAGUACAAAGAUCACUGGCUCUAUUGUCCCUUUGCUCAUCGGCUUCAGGAUCAGGAGGGUGUUUUAGUAAAGGACUUAGCGAUCGAGUAUAAGUACUUGAGCAACAGCAGCGAGUGGUUUUACAUUGCCAGGAAGAACGCCGAGAGGGUUAUUGCCAGUAACAACCAAUUUAGCCGAGGUUUACAUACGUAUACUUAUAACGAGAGCACCCAUACCGAACGGGAGGAGGACGAAAUACUUACUGUGAAAUAUGAGGAUGGCAGAUGGUCAAAACCUUACUACGAUUGUGGUGGUGGCAACAUUUGGAUGUUGACUUAUACCGUUCCUUUCUUUGGAUAUGUUAACGACACAUACUUUUUCAAAGGUACCAGUGGAAUUGAUAUCGAUUUACGAAGAGUCGACAUAGAUCAAUGCCCUUUACCACCAGGAUCUAAUCAGCUCAAUAUAUUCGCUGCCAGUGACAAGUGUAAAAAACGUACAACGAAGUGUGUCGCUAUUCCUGGAUUGGGUUUUCGACGUGGAAGUUACCGAUGUGUUUGCAAACGUGGCUUUUAUUACCCGGAUACGAAGUCAACCAAACGUUAUUACAACGGAACCGUGAUCGAAGAAGAGUAUGAAAAAUUGAUGAUGGGCGAAGAAAGUCAAUACGCCGUUGAAGAUUCCUUCGAGUGUCUUCCUUGCGCGGAGGGUUGCGAAUCCUGCGUCGAUGGCUCGCCCUGUGUCGUGUCCUUGAAUUGGCUCAUGAGAACAGCCAUACUUAUCUUGGAGUGUUGCGUCAUCGCUUGUCUCCCUGCCGUCGCGCUCUUCACCUGGAAAUACGGAAACGUCAAGGUGGUUAGAGCUGCCAGCCCCGUUUUGCUGCGCGUUAUAGUACUGGGCGCCUUCUUCAUAUAUUGCACGACAAUAGUUAUGUAUCCUCAGCCAAACGUUAUAACGUGUACUGUUCGAGUUUGGCUCCGAGAAAUCGGUUUUUCCCUGACGUACGGUGCUUUAAUGUUGAAAACAUGGCGAAUAUCGGUGAUAUUUCGAGUGAAGUCGGCAAAGGCGGUAAAAAUUACAGAUGCCAGUUUACUCAAGCGACUUGGUAUCAUAGUCAUGAUAUUCAGUGUAUUUCUAAGUAUUCGUACUUUGGUUGCACCACCGGUAGUCAUAGUCGCACGUACAGCCGAUGAUUUGAAAGCGUAUCUUUGUCGAACGGAUUGGUGGGAUCACAGUUUCACGACGCUCGAAGUGAUGUUCCUUAUUUGGGGUAUCAGACUAUGCAUCGUUGUAAGAAAAACUCCGUCUGAAUUUAACGAGAGUCGAUUUAUAUCGAUGGCCAUUUACAACGAAUUUUUGCUAUCGGUCUUCCUCAAUGUUUCAAUGCUGUUUCUGCAAUCACCGGCCAAUCCGGAUUUAUUGUACAUCAUAUUUUUCUGUCAUACCCAACUAACCGUCACACUCUUAUUAUGUCUUAUAUUCGGCAGCAAGGCUUACGUGGUAUUUCGCGGUUAUGGCAAAGAGGAUUCAGCCGGUAAACUUUCUGGUCCAGCCAGCAAGUUUUUGAGUAAAAGCAGUCGACCUCAAGGUACCAGCAAUCAGACAAAUUCAAUAUCUCUCCAACAAGGUAAUUUCACAGAGGAGAGCGACGGUACUACGGAGGAAUUUCGUCGUCUGAUCGCUCAACUGGAUGUUUUAAAGGAGAAAAACGUUUUAUUGGGUAACCACUAUCUAGUCAGUAAAAUUGCAGCGAUGCAGGAAGCUGCAAAUCGUAGCGAAGCCCAAGUAUCGACAAUUCAAGCAAUCUCUACGAGCAUUAGACUGAACGAUCUUAACGGUUCGCGAACGGUCGUGGAAAGCGAAUUGGGUAUAUCAUGUGAAAAGGAUCACAAACUUAUAGGUAUUGGACUUCAUGAGAAAAAGUGUCAGGCUUGUAUCGAGAAGAAUGGUCUUCGAAGCAAGGACCAACAUCGCAAUAGUGAUCCUAGCAGUAGCACCACAAGCAUACGAAAAGGAGAAUAUUCGAAUUUGAAAGAAACCGAUAAAGAAGUUCGCGCUAGCGAUGGUAAGAACGAUGUUGGCGUUUCGACGUCCUCGAAACUAAUCGGCACCUGUGAGGACAUAGCCACGGAAACGAACCCUGAGCCGAACGGAAAAGAAAAUGAUGCAAAAGAUAAGUCCAAGAGCAAAUCCGGUCACGCCAGGACCCAUGCCAUUGUAAUCAACCUCGACGAUAAGAGCAGAUUCUCAGAAGAGGUCACCGUCUAAAGGUUCAUCGAGAUAACCUUCAGACCCUUCUCCUUCCUUCUUUUUCUUCAUGACGAAUGAACAAAUGAGAUUUACCAUGGCCAUCUUCCUUUGUCACGAUUUCGAUACAUUUAUUUCGUCAGUACUUCGAAAAAAAAAAACUAUUUUUUUUUUUAGAAUAAUCAUCGAUAAUAAAACUUUGUUUCAAAAACGAAUGGAAAACGGUUCAAGAUCGUCCUUGAAAAUAUAACAAAAAUCCUUGAAAAUGAUUAAUUAUUUGAAAUUCGACUAUUGCGCAAUAAUUGGUUGUUCAAUGAAAUAUAUAUGAUCACUCGUUUUUUUUUUAUCUUUUUUUUUGUACUAUUGAGCGUUUUUACGUGCUCUAAGCGAAAGAAUUAAAUAAGAUCUGCCGUAAUUUACACAUGUAAAUACGUUUUAAUGCGCGCGUUCAAAGUCUUGCCGUAAUUAUACACGAACGCAUUGUAUAUAUCAAUAUAUAAAUGUAAUAAUAUGUUUAACGAUCAAAAGUGAAUAAAAGUGAAAGAAAAUAGGACUGAAAUUUAUUUCCUUCUACGUAAGGAUUAAUUGACGUCUUAACGUUGGGAAAAAAAAUUUAUUCGAAACAAUUUGAGAAAAAAAAAGCGGACUCGAAUUUAAAAUAUCGAUUUGUCCGUUCUGCCAUAUCAUUAUUUUGUAAAUAUCUUGUAAAUAAAAAACAAUAUCAUUGCAAUAUUAAAUAAUUACGUUUGUCUAAAGUUUGCACACAUACGUAUCGAUUACGUUGAAAAUGGAUAUAUGUAUAUAUAUUCAAAAAAUAACUCAUGCUUCACGAGAUCAUGCAAAAAUAAAAUUAAAAAAAAAAACAAGAAUCUCAAUAAAUCAAAUUCAUUUGUCGAAUUACCGAACAACUUUUUCAUUAAUUUUUUAAUUCAUAACGAUUUCGAUUCGACCAUUGAUAAUUUAAUCGGCGAACAUAUACAUACAUAACUCGAUUUUAAAGCUAAGCUUUUAAAAACAUCCGAUGAAGAGCAAAAGAUCAUCUUAUAUAUUGACCUUGGUCAACGAUUGAAAUGACCUUCGCAAUAUUACGUCGAAUUCAUUAGCAAAGUUCUUUUUUUAAACAUAACUAUAAAGAAUACACACAUAUACAAUAAUAGAAACAGAUCGUAGAGCACAUAAAAAGAAAGGAAAUAAAAUCAGAAUUGGAAUUGAUCGCUCUACUUGCGCAAAAAAAAAUGUUGCUAAUAUCAACAACAACGCGUUUUACUAGGGGAAUAAAAAAAAACAAAUAAAAUAAAAUAGAAUAUAAAAGCGCAAUAUUCUUAAAGGGAUCAUUUCUUAUGUCCACCGUCGAAAUUUUAUGCUCCGUUGAUGUACAAUAGAUGUACCUAAAUGUCCUAAAACAAAUAUCGUAGAAAUUAAGAUAAAAAAAAAAUAAAAUAAAAUAAAAUAACCAGCAAAACGAAAUUCGUAAGGCGCUCGUUUCGAUCUAGAGAUCAUCGAUUUUAUGCACCUUAGAGAGCACAAUCCACAUCGAAUUUUAUCUCUCGAAGAGAUAUCGAACUCUUUGGACGAUCGGGCUAAUUCUUGCAAUUACGUUGAAGGGACGUCGUUGUAAUACAAUAUAUCGCUGUUGUUUGUUGUAUAUACAUACAUAUAUACAGUAAGUCCAGAAAUAUUUUAAAGAUCUUUUGAAAUUGACUAAAAUUCUUUUUAAAUCGUUCAUAUUAUACAACUUAUUUAAAUGUCUAUAAAAUCUUCAUCAAUAUAUUCUAAAAUUCAUCGUUUUACAAUGAUUAUAAAGAUCAUAAUUUGCUUUAGCAUUGAUGGAAUUUUUUUUCGUGUAAUUUGCAUAUAUGUAUAUAUCCGUUUUUUUAUAAGACUCGAUGAGAAAAUUUAUUUUAUAAAUGUUUACUACCAGAAGAGAAAAUCCAUCUUAUCUCUUAGACAUACUCGAUAUCUAUUCAGGAAAUAUUUAUUCAAAGUUUUGUUUGAACUAGAAUAAGUUAUACAAUUUUAAAAAUGUAUUCAAACAUUUCUAUGACUUACUGUAUAUAAAUUUGCCGGACAAAUUCCUUUUCAGAGCAUGUAAUGAAUGUCUUUUGGUGUAUGGUGUGUUCUACGUAUCUAUAAUACGUACAUACAUAUGUUAGAAGAUUAGAGAUCUUACGAAUGCGAAAGUACUUACAACAUUGUUUCUGUUAAACAGAAAGAAAAGAUAAAGAAAAGGAAAAAAAGAAAACGAAACGAAAAACGAAAACAAUUUUUCCGAAUAAUCUUGCUUUAUGUUGACGCAUGAUUAAUGAAUACUCGUGAAAUAUGUCAUAAGAACAAAAUAAAAAGUAAUCAUCGAUCGACGAACGAUAA